AUGGAUCGAAAGAACGCCAAUGCACUCAAGAAAUGCAAUAGAAUGCACGAGGUGCGGUAUAGAGAACUUGAGAUGAAGGCACGCGAGGCUGAGGAGUUACGAGUAUCUCUACGACGAAUGGAAGUGAAACUGAGUGAUGUUAGACAGGGGGAGGCUGUCCAUGCUGAUAGGAUUAGAGCUGCUGAGGAAAGGGCUGCACGAUCUGAGAAAUACAUAAGGGCAAUGAAUGCUUCCCUCCAGACCCAGUCCUUGAGAGAAAGAGAUGAGAAAGUUCGUCAGCAGUCAUUGGAACUGCAGCACCUCCGAAAUGAAAUGCGCGAACGAGAUAUUAUAUUGAACUUGGAAAAAGAAGACGACGAAAAAGCGGGCGCUGAAAUCAAAGUACAGUCUGCUGCUGCUGUUGAGGUUGAUCAGAGAGAAGGGCUAGCCUCGGUCCGUAAGGAGGUCCUAUUGAAGGCCUUGGAGUCUCGUGAUGCAAUCAUAAAGGGUCUCAAUGAGCGGCUGAGCUACAUGUAG